GCAACGAGAAGAAGCUACUACUAACAACUCUUAACCAAAUCAAUAAUACUACAUCAAGAUGAAUCUCGCCAAGGAGAAGGUGAAGGACGCCGCGAGCGCCGCCAAGGCCAAGGCCAAGAUCACGCACGCCAAGGUGGCCGAGAAAACGGAGGCGGCGACGGCAAGGUCACACGACGAGCGUGAGCUGGCGCACGAGCGGGGCAAGGCCAAGGUCGCCGCCGCCGAGGCGGAGCUGUACCAGGCCAAGGUGACCCACCGCGAGGAAGCCAUGGAGCACCGCCUCCACAAGCGCGGGCAUAAGCACAGCGGCGGUCACUGAUGUGAGCCGAACAGCCGUCCGUAAGGCUAUGAAGAUGUGCGUCGUUCAUGCGAGCAAGCCGGCCUAUCCUGGUUUCGUACUCUUCUUCCAUUUCUUAGUUCCAUUCCAAAUGUGUGUUAUUUGACGUCGGGCUUAAUUUGGAGAGGUGAGAGGUGCCUGCCCCGUGUGCAUAUGUACUUAUAUACGUACUGUAUGUGUGAUGCGUUUUUGCUUCUUGAAUAAUUAAUACUAACGGUAUGUUAUAUCUACAA